AUGAAGCUACCUUCUGUCGAAGCACGAAAAUAUCUGGAAAAAGGUUGUCCACUUGAGUUUCGUCCGAAAAUAUGGCUGCAGUGUCUUAGCAUAAAUGUCUCAGACGAAGAUAAACUGCACUAUUUGGAGCUAAAACGCAAGGUCUCACAAUGCAGCUUGCUUAUGGAUAAUCUGAUUCACAAAGAAAUAAAAACGGUUGUUUCCAAUGACGAUAUGUACUUCGUUUUUGUUGAUUAUAUUUAUAAGAUUCUGUUGCCUUUCUUGAGAGACCCUGUUGUUUUUCGGUGCAAGAGCAAAUCGUUCGAGGAACUUAUCUUCGCUGGACAUGACCAGAUGCUGUGCCCAAUCCAUAUCCCUCCAUCUGGAGUUGUCCCAUUUCACGGCUUCUCUAUGUAUGUUUCGCCUCUGUGCUAUCUCUAUGAUGACCCCGUUGAGCUGUACAUUGUCUUCCGUGAGCUCUACGUUAGAUACUUUCACAAACUUCACACAAUCAAUGAUAACGUGGAGAGCAUUCUUUCACUGUGUGUAACCUUUGAAAGGAUUCUCCUUAAAAAAGAGCCUCAGCUAGUUCUGCAUUUAGCGUCAAUCGGAGCUCCACCCCUUCAAAUAGCCUUCCGGUGGUUACUGAGUGGAUUCAGUGGGUAUCUACCAGCCGACCAAGUUCUUCUUCUUUGGGACCGUAUUCUAGCCUGGGACUCACUUGAAAUUAUUCCAAGUGAGGGCCACUUUGCUAACCUAAUGUGA